AUGACGAGGCCUUGGGCUGCCGCCGUAAAGAGAUCAGAAUGGCAGCAGAAGUGGGACCGGUCUCUGUGGGCGCUGCAAGCACUGGCGCUGCAAGACAAACUCACUCAAGCAGAUUGCACUGCCGGCGUGAAGGCAUGCGGAAAGGCCUUGCGUUGGGAGUGGGCAUUGCAGCUGCUUUCAUGGUCACGCAAGUUUUCCAUCCGGCAUCCUUGGAAUUCUGCCAUCUCGGCAUGUGCCUUGGUGACGGAAUGGGAGCGUGCUUUGCUUCUUCUUCGCAGCAUGCGCCAUCGCGGGCCGAAGCCAUCUGCAAGCAGCUACUCCGCAGCCCUCGAUGCCUUGGCUCGUGGGGCUGAAUGGGCAAGUGGCCUCCGCCUCCUGUCGGAGAUGAAGCGCCGCAUUGCACCGGACCUCGUCGCAGUCACCUCCGUCAUCGUGGCCUGUGGGGCGGCCGCGCGUUGGACUGUAGCGCUCCAGCUCUUUGAGAGAGCGAGCGUCGAGUUCCAUGGAGGUGACGUGGUGUUGCUUGGGGCCACUGCCGCGGCUUGUGGUCGUGGCCAUCAGUGGCAGGCCUCUCUGACAUUGCUAAAGUGUGGCUCUGCCGCUAGACUGCUGAAUGCAACGCUGUUUGGAGCUUGUUUAGCGGCCUGCGCGAAUUCAUCAGUGUGGGUGCAGGCGGCUGCCCUGCUGCAGGGGAUGAGCAGGGCAGCCAUUGCACCUGGAGAAGCAGGACUAACAGCUGCAGCUAGCGCAUUUUCAUCUGCGGAGCUUUGGCAGCAGGCCCUCGAUGUGCUUUCAAGAGCAGAGCCACAGACAGGUGCUUGGUGGGGAGCAGCAAUUGCUGCAGCUACUCGUGGUUUUCGGUGGGAGCAGGCAUUGGAACUUUAUGCGAGGAUGCCGGAGCGCAGUGUCUCUCCCAACGAGGCUUGCAGCAGUGCGGUCCAGACGGCAUGUGUUCGAGCUUCUCGAUGGGAGGUGAGCCUGGUGCUGAGCUUCGGAGCCGGAGGUGAAGGUUUGGCUCAGGCGGCUCAGAUCCCUCUUGGAUGUCUUGGUCCGGUACUGGCUGCAUGUCAACAUGGUGCCCUUUGGAUCGAAGCCUUGCACUAUCUACGCCAGGCCCAGCUAGCCGGAAUGAGUGGUGUCGUGAUGCGGGCUUCGGCUAUGGCAGCUUGCGCGGAGGCCUCCAAAUGGAGCUGGGCGCUUCGCCUGCUGCCAGCUCUCACUUCCGGAGACGCUGAGCCCAACGCUGUUAGCUUCGGUGUGGCACUCCAUGCCUGCCGUUUGGGACGCCAGUGGGCUGCAUCUUUGUGGAUGCUUUGGGACGAGAUGCCAAGAUGUUCUGUUCGACCAGACUGGGUGGCCUUCUGUGCAGCACUGUUGGCAUCAGAGCGAAGCCACAAGGGCGUUGAGGUAUUGCACCUGGUGCAGCAGCUUCGCAGGGGUGCAGUCGGCCGCGAGCCGCGAUUUCAGAGUUCCAGGCUUGGGGAGCGACUCGCUGCAGCGUCUUUGUUGGAUCAGCACAGUUGGCUCAGCUCAAGCUGCAGUCGUCAGAUCUGGCGACUGUGUGAUACUACGCUCAAACUGUCACUACAUGCCGCAGACGGGAACAGUCGGUCCAGUACUGUGUUUCGCACAGCAGGCCUGGGUGGACCUCAGCUCACCCGGACCAUGCUGCUGACUUGGAGCCAGCGGGCGAUCAGCUUUGUCAGAAAAGCAAGAAGACUGCCGAAGUGCUUGUGGAAUGACUCGGUCAAGUUGCCACGGCCUGUAAGAGUGGAUGCAGAGGACGGGGACUACUUCAAUGAUGUCUACAAGUAUGACAUUGACUACAUGUGCCAUGCUUCUCGCAAGGCCGUGAUAUACGCCCACUCCAUGUACAUCUUCGGGGGCUGGGACGGUCAUGACACAUUGCAGGAGGGAAGCCUGUCUGCCGGUAGCAUGCAAGCCGCAUAUCAGCUCUACAGCGAGAAGCUGGAGUUGUUCGAGUACAAUAUCUCCUCUAACAUGUGGAUCCAGUUGCCCCUGCGUGGCACAGCACCUCGCGCGCGGUAUCGUCACACAGCGGUCGUGUGUGGUGAUGCGAUGUUCACGUUUGGUGGCGUCGACAAGACGCAGUACCGUUUUCCAGACUUGCACGAGUACAACUUCACACAUCGGCACUGGUUGAAGGUCGCUACGAUGUCCGUGCAGCCAUCGGCACGAACUUUCCACAAGACUGUGGUUCACGAGGGCUACAUGUACAUCCUGGGUGGCUUUGACGGACGUCGAUUGAAUGACAUGUAUCGUAUUUUGCUUCGGACAAAAUCCGAGCUGCAACGUUGUCAGAAACAACUCGCUGAGCAGGCAGCAAGCAGUCCACCUGUCCCGAGCAGUUCCGUACGUCCAGAAGAUGUUCCUGGAAGCACUGGGGCCGUUGGUGAUGCUCAGGAUGCCGCUCAGACUUUGAUGCCAGAGGAUCUGUGGUGCUGGACCCGAAUCGACGACCAGCUUGGCCAGGCGCGGGCAGAUAGAGCGUCCCAGGUUGAUGUGUUCGAGCAGGCGGGACCAGGACUCAGCUGCAAAGAGAUCCGCAACGAAAUUGAUCAAAGGAUAGCCUCCCAGCUUUGGCGACAUCGCUCUGUUCCGGAAAGGGCCUUCUCCUCCAUUCCGCCCGGCUUGCUGCGCUUGGGAUUGGCGCCAUCCCUUCUCGAUGAAGCUCAUUCUGUCGCUUUCGAGGCUGGUCCGUCGCAAGCGCUUGCUCACCUGACCCGCCGACAGGCACUUGAGCCGGAUCCAAUGCAGCAACGGGUGGCGAAGCAGCUGGAUGUUGUGUGGAGCUCAACCUGGGCGUACUCCGAGGCAUACGACCUUUGGAAGCAAUCACACAUCGAGUGGGAGGCGGAGUGCGCUCGCAGAGUAGCUGCGCACGAGCAGCAACGGCGGCAGCUGGAGCAGGACAAGAGCCAUGACCGAAAGGGAGAGAAGUCCGACUUCCCCCAGGCUCCUGUGGUCCUUCCUGCAGAGCCCACAAAGCCAUCGUUACGAAGCAGAGGCUGCUACAUUUGGGGCCAGGUUGGUCGCGGCAAGACUCUUCUCAUGGACGUCUUCGCAUUGUCCUUCCAGCCCACGAAGAACUCGGCCGGGAUUGGCACCUUGCCAUCAAAGGCGCAGCUCCGGCGAGUCCAUUUUCACGAGUUCAUCCAUGAACUGCACCGCCAGCUCCAUCGCUCGGGGGGCCAAUCCGGGUUAGCCGCUGCGGUCGAUGUCGUCAUGCGUGGUCAGCCGCCCGUGCUCUGUUUCGAUGAGUUUCAAAUCACUACAAUAGCAGAUGCAUCGCUCUUGACGCCGCUGUUCAGUGACCUAUUGACACGCGACGUCGCUGUGGUCAUAACUUCGAACCGACCUCCAAACGAGUUGUACAAGGGAGGAAUCGGUCGAGAUGCUCACCUACCUGCUUUUGAAUCUUUGUUGCAAUCGUCUUUGGAGGUCCGCCACCUGGAUGCUGGCACAGACUACCGUCUCAGGGCGGUCAGCGAUAUUUCGACAGACCAAUCCGACUACAUCUUGGGUGCAGGAGCCAAUGAACGUUUGGAGUCUGCUUUUCGAGUUGCUUGUGAAGGGCAAGCAGUGGGCCCUGUGCUCUUGCAGAUUGCCUGGGGACGCUCCAUGUUGUGCCAGCAAGUUGCCAAUGGCGUCGCGAAGUUCACCUUCGAAGAACUCUGUGGAAACCCUUUGAGCUCCGAGGACUAUUUGGCACUGAUCCGGAGUGCAGGCAUUCACACUUUCGUGGUCUCUGAUGUUCCUCAGUUCGGUUUGAACCUGCACAACGAGGCACGUCGUUUCACAAACUUCGUGGAUGCUCUUUACGAGCAGCAGUGCCGUCUGAUCUGUUCCGCUGACUCGUCCAUCGAUGAUCUCUUGACAGGAAUCGAUGGCUUAUGCUCUGCAGAAGUGGAGUCAGAUCAACCGGCCAUGGGCAUUGGAGGUUCAGAAAACUCACUGCGAUGGCAUCGGCACGGAGACAUUUCUUUUCAUUCUUCCGAAUUGUCUCCAUGCAGGCCCGACACCUUCGCAACGGCAGAGGCAGACGCAGAGGCAGGUACAUCGCUUCGCUUGUCGGGCUACGAGCAGGAUAGUGUCGCUGGUGUCAUGGCUGCUGCAGUUGACAGCCUUCGCACGGUGCACUUCACGGCUUCACGUGCUGACCUGAGUUGCCCUUCUGCAUACCAUUACUCCAUGCACCAUUUCCUUGUCAGCCAGGAGAUGAGUAGCACUGCCUAUCGCCAGGGCACCGAUGAAAAUGCCCGGCAGAACGACAUUUACCGUUACGAUGUGCGUCACAAGACAUGGGCUUGCAUCGACCCUGUGACCGGCAGUCCGCCUUCGGCACGAUCUGGAUCCAAGGCUGUGGUGUGCCGAGAUAGCAUUUUCUUCUUCGGUGGCUACACCAAGAAGGACGGAGACUACUUCAACGACCUCUUCGAGUUCAACAUUCCCAAAGCUCACUGGACACGCCUUGACGCAGCUCAAAAGCCAUCAGUGCGAACAGAUCAUUCCUGCGUGGUGUUCGAGGCAAGUCUGUACAUUUUCGGUGGCUUUGACGGACGUACUCGUUUUCAGGAUCUGCAUCUCUUUAACACGGAAGAAAGGGAAUGGAUGCAGGUAACAGACACCGACAAUGUACCGGUUGGGCGCUUCGGACACUCAGCCGUCGUGUACCAGUCUGGCAUGUUUGUGUUCGGCGGGUGGGAUGGCCAUGACACACUGGAUGAUCUCUACGAGUUUUCCAUCACAACGAACCAAUGGUACGCCGUUCCUGGCCGGGGCGACGUUCCUCCGUCUCGCUAUCGUCACAGCGCGGUGGUCCACGGCUGCUGCAUGUUCGUUUUCGGGGGCGUGGACAAACGCCAGGCACGCUUCGCCGACUUAUGCGAGUUCAGCUUUGACACUCGGUCAUGGUCUCGGGUGAAGACUUCUGGUGAUCCACCAUCUGCGAGAACCUUCCAUCGCGCCUGCAUGUAUGGAGGCUGCAUGUACAUCCUCGGCGGGUUCGAUGGCACGCGACGGAACGACAUGUACAAGAUUGCCCUGCCCGAACAGCUGCCGCGUGAUGAGAAACGCAGGCGGCGCUUGCAGGGAACUGGUGAAGGUGAUGCAGAGGCCGCCGCGGAGCCGGAAAUUGGAGAGGUGGAAGGUCCCCAGCCAGAGAACAUCAAGGAAGUCACCAGGCUCCGGCUGCAGGUUCUGGAACUUCAGAAGCGCCUCGAAGCCGAGCAAGAACGCCAUCUUUGCAAAAUUUGUUACGAGCGCGAGAUCAACACGGUCAUCCUAGAUUGUCAGCACCGUGCUGUGUGUUCGAGAUGCCUCGACCAGGUGAAUAGCUGCCCUUUGUGUCGGGCGUCCAUCAGUUCGACUGUCAUCACGUACAAUGCCUAG